AUGGCAGCGGCAGUGUCCAGCCGGGCAGCGGGGGACGCCUGCGCUCCCUCUCCUGACCUGGUGGGCACGCUCACCGACUCCUCCAUCCUCAAGACCAAGGUCUACAUUGGGGGAGAAUUCAUAGAGGCAGCCGACGGCAGCACGCUCGAGGUGGUCAAUCCCGCCACGGGGCAGCGAAUCGCCACUGUGCCGCGGUGCGGCGCCAACGAGACGCGCGCCGCCAUCGCCGAGGCCGCCACCGCGUUUGAGUCGUGGGGGCGGCGGCCGGGCAAGGAGCGGGCCGCCAUCCUGAAGCGGUGGUAUGGCGAGGUGGUGUCCGCGCGCGACGACAUCACUCGCCUCAUGACGCUGGAGAGCGGCAAGCCGCUGGCUGAGUCGCGGUCCGAGUUUGACAACGGCGUGGCCAGCAUAGAGUGGUUUGCGGAGGAGGCCACCCGCAGCUGCGGGGACGUGCUGGAGUCGCCCGACCGCCACCGCCGCUUCAUGGUGCUGAAGCAGCCUGUGGGCGUGGUGGGCGCCAUCACCCCUUGGAACUUCCCCUUCUCCAUGAUCACCCGCAAGGUGUCCCCCGCCCUCGCCGCCGGCUGCACCGUGGUGCUAAAGCCGUCUGAAGACACGCCGCUCACGGCCUUUGCGCUGGCAGGGCUGGCGGAGCGGGCAGGGAUGCCGCGCGGCGUGCUCAACAUCCUGACUGGAGAUGCCAAGGCCAUUGGGGAGGCGCUGGUCAAGAGCGAGUCGGUCCGCAAGAUUGGGUUCACCGGCAGCACAACAGUGGGCAAACUGCUCAUGCAGGGCGCUGCCUCCACGGUGAAGCGUGUGUCUCUGGAGCUGGGCGGCAACGCGCCCUUCAUCGUGUUUGAGGACGCGGACAUAGAGAAGGCGGCCCGCGACGUGGUGGGCAGCAGCCACCGCAACAGCGGCCAGACCUGCAUCUGCACAAACCGGGUGCUGGUGCACGAGAGCAUCCACGAUGCUUUUGUCGAGGCCCUGACCAAGCGCGUGGCGGCGCUGCGGCUGGGCAGCGGGCUGGAGGCGGGGACCACCCAGGGGCCGCUCAUCUCGGCUGCGGCGGUGGACCGGGUGGAGGGGAAGGUGCGGGAUGCGCUGGCCAAGGGCGCGGUGGCGGCGUGCGGCGGCGCGCGCCCCAGCUGGGAGGCCGGCAGCCCGCUGGCGGGAGGCUACUUUUUCGAGCCCACCGUGCUCAUCGGCGGUACCGUCGACAUGCGCAUGUUCCACGAGGAGGUGUUUGGUCCCGUCACACCCGUCUACAAGUUCGCCACCGACGACGAGGCAGUACAGCUGGCCAAUGAUACGCAGUACGGCCUGGCCGCAUACUUUUACACCAGGGACCUGUCGCGGGCGUGGCAGGUUGCGGAGCGGCUGGAGUAUGGGAUGGUGGGGGUGAACGAGGUGGCUAUCACUUCAGAGGUGGCGCCCUUUGGCGGCGUGAAGCAGAGCGGGCUGGGGCGGGAGCAGAGCAAGUAUGGGCUGGCUGAGUUCCAGGACAUCAAGACCGUGUGCCUGGGCAUCGGCGGCGGCACGUAG